AUGAGUGGGACUCUCAAUAGUAUUCUCUGUUCCCUGCAGAGAAGUGGAACAUUUGUCAACUCUUUGAUUGCAGUUCUGACUAUUUGUGGGCAACAGCUGUUCUCCUCCUACACAUUCAGUUGUCCAUGCCAAGUUGGAAAAAAUUUCUAUUACGGUUCAGCUUUUCUUGUGGUUCCUGCCUUGAUCCUUUUGGUUGCUGGCUAUGGUCUAAGAAGCCAGUCAUGGAUGAUUGCCCGUGAAUACUGCUGCUGCAGCUGUGCCCUUCCACACCGGAGGAUCAGCCCCUUGGAGCGCAGGCUAGCUUGCCUCAGGUUCUUCAGCAUCACUGGAAGAGCACUUGUUGCUCCAUUAACGUGGCUGGCAGUGACGCUGUUGACUGGAACGUUUUUUGAAUGUGCAGCAAGUGAGUUUGUAUCCGUGGACCAGUACCCAAUGUUUGCUAACAUCACUGCCAGCAAACAAGAAGAGAUCCUGGCUGGAUUUCCAUGCUACACGUCAGCUCCUCCUGAUGUGGUCCCGGUAAGAGACCAAGUAGCUCUUCUGCAUAGAUACCAGUCACAAAUGCUGGGCUGGAUUUUGAUCACCUUGGCAACCACUGCUGUCCUGGUCUCCUACUUUCUGACAAGAUGCUGCUCUCCCCUCACCUCUCUGCAGCAUCAUUACUGGACCAACUACCUUGAGAGCGAGAAACAGCUCUUUAAACAAGCUGCAGAGGAGCAUUCCCGGAUUCUCAUCAGGCAGCGCAUAAAGAAACUAUUUGGCUUCAUUCCUGGGAGUGAAGACAUCAAACACAUUCGUAUUCCUUCAUGUCAGGACUGGAGAGAUAUUUCUAUACCCAAUCUUCUAUGUGUGGGUGAUACCUCACAGGGUCCCUAUAGCUUCCUUGGAGACAGGGUAGUUGAGAAUAACGAGGAAGACAAAUCAGAAGGUAUUGAAUUAAAAUCCUGA